CUCCGCUGGACGACUGACCCGGCCGGGCUCUGUUUCCCAGGGAAGCAGGAAGUUGCAAUCCAAAGGCGGCAGCGCUGGGGGCGUUGCAGAAGCGCCCUGCUCCCUCUUCCGCGGAGGGAAACGCUCCUGCGGAGGCGAGAGGCAGCGAGGAGGCGGCGAGAUCAAGAAGAUCCCUGGAUAUUUUGUUCUCAGAAAGAUCUAGCCUUGGAAAGAAAUUCUCCCAGUGGACUUGGAUGUCUUCCUUGGAAGGGAAAGAACCAGUUUGCCAAGUCUCUGAGGAAGGAGAGAGAAUGGCAGAUGAUGGGCAGAAUAAUGGGAAUUCUAUGCUAUCGUCAGAAACUCCUGCAGCUGAAGAAGGAAAAGAGAUGGUUGCAGAUGAAAGUGAACCUAAGAAGCACAGAGAAGAGAAAUCCUCACCUUCUCUGGAGGUUAAUGCCCAUGAACCCCAAAUCCUGCAGGAAGAUGGACAAGGAAACAGCCAGAAAAUAUGCCCCGUGUGUGGGAAGAUAUUUAGAUACGAAUCAAAGUUAAAUAGGCAUUGCAGAAGCCACACGGGGGAGAAGCCAUUUAAGUGCACUGAGUGUGGAAAGAACUUGAGCUCCAGCUGCAGCCUUCUUAAACAUCUAAGAAGCCACACCGGGCUGAAACCGUUUAAAUGCAUGGAGUGCGGAAAGAGUUUCCGUGAGAGCAGUACCCUCCUUACACAUACGAGAACACACACUGGGGAGAAACCGUUUAAAUGCACGGAAUGUGGGAAAACCUUCAGUAGGAACACGCAACUUACUUUGCAUCAGAGAACACACACAAGGGAGAAGCCAUUUAAGUGCUUUGAGUGUGGACGGACCUUCAAUCAGCUCAUUAACCUGACUUCACAUAGCAUUAUCCACACAGAGGAGAAGCUAUUUAAAUGCAUGGAAUGUGGGAAGUGCUUUGGCGACAGCAGCGGCCUUACUCAGCAUCAGAGAACCCACACAGGGGAGAAACCAUUUAAAUGUACAGAGUGCGGAAAGGGUUUCAAGCAGCCCAACCACCUUACGAUACAUUACAGAACGCACACUGGGGAGAAGCCAUUCAAAUGCAUGGAAUGCGGGAAGAACUUCAGCCAGCUGGUUAACCUUACUUCCCAUCAGAGAAUACACACCGGGGAGAAACCCUUUAAAUGCAUGGAAUGCGGGAAGAGCUUCACUGAUAGUAGUGGCCUUGCUCAACAUCAGAGAACCCACACAGGGGAGAAACCGUUUAAAUGCACGGAGUGCGGAAAGAGCUUCCAACAGCCCAGCCGCCUUACUCUACAUUAUAGAAUCCACACCGGGGAGAAGCCAUUUAAAUGCCUGGACUGUGGGAAGAGCUUCAGGCAGCUCGUCAACCUUGCUUCCCAUCGCAGGACCCACACAGGGGAGAAACCCUUUGAGUGCAGGGAGUGUGGGAAGAGGUUUUGUAACAGCAGCAACCUCAUUUCUCAUUCCAGGACACACACUGGGGAGAAACCGUUUAAAUGUGCAGAAUGUGGGAGGAGCUUCGCAAAGAAGAAAAGCCUUACUUUACACCACAAAAAACACACAGAAGGAACCAUUGAUUUGGGGUUCAUGGGCAUUAACCUCCAGAGAAGACCUCUGGGCAGCUGCUGUUGCCCGGCCAGGUCUCUGAGCUGCCACACCUCCUUGCACUGCCUCAUCACACUGCCCCACAGGGGCCUGGGAAGCACCCUCUGGCCUGCCCCAGAGGACCAUUCACCUGUGGAGCUUGUAGCCAGGGCUGCUGCCAGAAACAGCUGUAGAGGCAGGAAGCUGCCGUCGCAAGGGGAGUGGGGAGUGGGGCUGUUGGAAACCCCUCCAUGCUCAAUGGGAGAGGACGAGUCUUGGAGAGAGGGAGGCUGGAGCGCGCAGAGGACAAAGAGGUUCAAAGAGGUGGCUGUGCAUUUCACCGAAGAGGUAUUGGGCCCUGCUGGAUCCAGACCAAAGGUCAUGGAGGCGAAUUAUGAGACACAGUCCGCUCUAGGAAAUGACGGAUUGAGCAGUGAGAAAUAUAUGGAAAAAUAUUUGGUGUCACUGGAAAAAGCCGAGCAUGAAUCAGGAAAAAAGAUGCUUGGAAAUCAAAGAGGACCAAAAAGGGAUGAGAGAAACCACUCAGAGGAUAGGAGGAAGGAGGUCCCUGCUUCCCAGAGUGCUGUUGUCCAGGAAACCCUGAUCCAACAGGAAGAUAACAAAAGGAACAGCAGAAAAACAUGCCUGGUGUGUGGGAAAACAUUUAGACAUCAAUCGAACUUAAAUAUACAUUGCAGAAUCCACACAGGAGAGAAACCUUAUACAUGCACCGAGUGUGGGAAGAGCUUCAAUCUGAGAAGCAACCUUACUAGACAUAAAAACACACAUACAGGUGAGAAACCGUAUAAAUGUAUGGAGUGCGGGAAGUGCUUCAGUGACAGCAGUAGCCUCACUCGACAUCAAGCCACCCAUGCGGAGGAGAAACCGUAUGCUUGCAUGAAUUGUGGAAAGAGCUUUUGUGUGAGGAGUAGCCUCCUUUUACACCAAAGAACACACACAGAGGAGAAACCAUUUAAAUGUGCCGAGUGUGGAAAGAGCUUCAUUGAGGUCAGUAGCCUUACUAAACACCAGAGAAUCCACAGAGGGGAAAAGCCAUUUAAAUGCAAGGAGUGUGGAAAGAGCUUCAGUCAGAGCGGUAACCUGAUGUUACAUCAAAGAACACACACAGGGGAAAAGCCAUGUCAGUGUACUGAGUGUGGAAAGUGCUUCCGUAGCAGCAGCAGCCUUACAUUACAUCAGAGAAUCCACACGGGGGAGAAACCAUAUACAUGCAUCGAGUGUGGGAAAAGCUUCAGCGCUCGUAGUAGCUUUACUUCACAUCAGAGAACGCACACUGAGGAGAAGCCGUUUAAGUGUGUGGAGUGUGGGAAAAGCUUUAGUCAGAGCAGUAGCCUGACGACACAUCAGAGAACGCACACAGGGGAGAAGCCGUACAAAUGUGUCAGCUGUGGGAAGUGCUUCAACGACAGCAGUGGCCUUACUUUACAUCAAAGGACCCACACAGGGGAGAGACCCUUUAAAUGCACGGUGUGCGGGAAAAGCUUCAGUCUGAGUAGUAACCUUAGCAGACAUCAAAAAACACACACGGGAAAGAAGCCGUAUAAAUGUAUGGAGUGUGGAAAGUGCUUUAUUGACAGCAGUGCUCUUACUUUACAUCAGAGAACGCACACAGGCGAGAAACCAUUUAAAUGCGCAGUGUGUGGAAAGAGUUUCAGUGCAAACAGUAGGCUUGCUAGACAUCAGAGAAUACAUACGGGAGAGAAAAAAUGGUGUGGGAAAAGCUUUGGUGACAAAGCAAGCCUUUCGGGACUUCAGAAAACUCACACAGGCGAAAACCCAUAAAACUGCAUGGGGUGUGGACAUUGGAAGACUUCCUAAAGACUAAAAGACACAGUGGCAAAGUUAUGGGAAGGUACGAAGUGUGGAAAAAGCCAUGUGAGCACCAGCCUUCUUCAACAUCUGAGAACCCUUGGAGGAAAGAAACCCUAUACAUGUAAAGAAUAUGGCUAAUUUCUGUGUUACGAGAGGACUGGUUUGGCUGCAGUGACAUAUGCUUUAGUUACAUCCAGGUUCAAUAACUGGAAUGGGCGCUGCCUUUGAAAAGUGCUCCAAAACUUCAACUGACUCAAAUAUCAGCAGCCAGAUUUUCAGCUGGUAACCAAACAGUUAAACCCCUGUGUUGCAAACAAUUAUCGUAAUAUCCAAGGCAACACGAUGACCAAGUACAAUGAAAUGUCAAUAUAAACCCUUUAUAUAAUCUAUACAGAACACUGAACAGUAUGAAAUAUAUGAAAUGCACUCUCUGCAAAACCAAAUAAACAGA